CUACGAAUAUAGGUCUUUAAAUUGAACAACAUGUCAAACGUCAAAGUAAAUUCAUUUCAAUAAACAAAAACUUUACAAAUUGUUUUAAAAGUUAAACAAUGGCGGGUGCUCCUGGAGUUGAUGAAACCUUCGAGGCUGCAGAUUUUGAUGAAGAUGAAUUGGGCGAAGAACAGUUCGUGACCACAUCAGCCGGUCGAAAAAGAUUAUUUAGCAAGGAACUAAGAUGCAUGAUGUAUGGUUUCGGAGAUGAUAAAAAUCCUUAUACAGAAAGUGUAGAUUUACUCGAAGACUUGGUCAUAGAAUUCAUAACCGAAACAACACACAAGGCUAUGGAAAUUGGACGCACUGGUCGUGUUCAAGUUGAGGACAUUAUAUUUUUAGUUCGUAAAGAUCCACGAAAGUAUGCACGAGUGAAAGAUCUUCUCACAAUGAAUGAAGAACUGAAGAAGGCUCGAAAAGCUUUUGAUGAAAUCAAAUAUGUUGGGAACGAGGCUAAAAUCAAGUAAAACGGUGAUUAAAAGCUUGCAGAAUAUUAUUUUUUUUUUUGUAAUUGAAUUCGCUAAAUAUAAUAAACUUACAUAUUAACAAAAAUGCUAUUGCUGUCAUAUUU